UUGUACAUUUUUAAAAAGCGUCUUUUCGUCAAUUUUUCGCAAGAAUGCUGCACACUUUUCAAAUACUAAACAAUUUAAAGCCAGCUAAACUGUCAAGAAGAGGAUUUUACCUGUGGCUGAACAACAUAUUCAACAGAGUUGACGAGGACAGGCGAAAGACUGUUGGUCCAGAAAGGAUUGCAGGGGAGUGGAUAUUAAGAUGUGGAGGUGGUGUGAAGUUUACCAGAGUUGACAGAUAUAUCUGGGAUUACAAUGCUUUGCCUGAAUGGUCAAAAAAUAAAUAUGAGGUUGAAGGAAUCGAUGCAAAGAACACAUAUAUCACUGAUGGAGGACUAGAUCAUUUAGUUGGUCUUGAGCACUUGAAGUCGUUAAAUUUACACAACUGCAGAUAUGUUACAGACUUGACCAAGCUUCUGCCAGUGAAGGAAAGUUUGCAGGAACUAGAUAUAAGCAAUUGCAUUCAAAUAACUGAUCUUUCCUCAUUGUUUAAGCUUCGGUAUCUACGAUUUCUUUCAAUGUCUGGUAUGCUGUCAGUAAAAGAUCAAAAUUCAACAAUCAAACGUCUUAAGGAAGUUCUUCCUGGGUGCGAGAUAAAUCAUUGAAAUUAAAACAGC